AUGGCUCCAGCAAUUUCGCCUCAACUGGACAGAGCCUACGGUGAAUCGCUUCGAUCGCAAGGCGUGCUGCGCUUGCCUGUCACCAUCAACGGUCAGCAAGCGGAGGCUGAGCUGUACGUGGUCGACUGCGAGGGCCCAGCAUUGCUAGGACGCACAUGGCUCCAGCAAUUUCGCCUCAACUGGACAGAGUUGGCGGCUAUCAGGAAUGUGAAAUCCUCACUCCAGGAGUUACAACGUGACUUUGCAGCGGUAUUCAAUGAUGAACAAGGAUUGUUCAAGGGGGCGAAAGCCAAGCUCACGCUGAAGUCUGAUGCGACUCCAAAGUUUGUCAAGGCACGAUCGGUGCCAAUGGCGCUGAAACCCAAGGUUGAAGCAGAGAUACGUCGCAUGGAGGCUGCUGGCAUCCUCACUCCGGUGGAGUGGAGCGAAUGGGCAACACCUGUGGUACCUGUUCUGAAGCCAAACGGCCAGGUCAGGCUAUGUGGAGACUUCAAGGUGACGGUGAACCCCCAGCUCCACAUCGACCAACACCCGUUGCCGCUCAUCGAGGAGAUCUUUGCCUCACUCUCCGGAGGGCAAGAGUUUACAAAACUCGAUCUGAAGGCAGCGUACACGCAGAUGGAGGUGGACGACGAGUCGAAGCCCCUGCUUGCGCUCAACACCCAUCUGGGUCUGUUUCGACUCAACCGUCUCCCAUACGGGAUUGCGUCUGCUCCCGCGCUAGGGCAACGAGCCAUGGAUUCUCUGCUACGAGACCUGCCAGGCGUUAAGUGCAUGAUCGAUGACAUCAUCGUCACUGGCCGCACACCGGAGGAACACCUCAAAACGCUGAUGAAGGUGCUCCAACGUCUCGCUGAUGCGGGCCUCAAGCUCAACCUGGCCAAAUGCCACUUCUUUCAGCCGAAAGUGGAAUAUUGCGGCCACGCCAUCAGCGCACAAGGCCUGCACACGAUGCCGAGCAAGGUUGAUGCAAUUUGUGAUGCUCCGCCGCCGGAGAAUGUGCCGCAAGUACGCAGUUUUCUGGGGCUCAUCACCUACUAUCAACGCUUCAUUCCGAAGACGUCAACUAUCCUGAGUCCACUAACAGCGCUGCUGCAAAAAGGAGCGGCGUUCGAAUGGACAGAUGAGUGCCGACAAGCCUUCCAAGAGGUCAAGCAGGUGCUGUCAUCCCAACAGGUGCUCACACACUAUGACCCGACACUGCCCGUUCGUCUCGCAAGUGAUGCGUCACCAUAUGGGGUUGGAGCGGUCUUGUCGCACAUCCUGCCAUCUGGAGAAGAGCGACCGAUCGCAUAUGCCUCUCGAAAGCUCUCGAAUGCGGAACAGGCAUACUCGCAGAUCGACCGUGAAGCGCUUGCAAUAGUGUGGAGUGUGAAACGCUUCCACAACUACCUGUACGGCCGGCAUUUUGAGCUGCUCACGGACCACCAGCCGCUGGUAUCAAUCUUCCACCCGAAGAAAGGCCUGCCUGCUAUGACCGUAGCACGUCUUCAACGCUAUGCGAUGUUCCUGGCCGGACAUGACUACACGAUCAUGUACCGCCAAACAGACAAGCAUUGCAACGCCGACGGAUUGUCACGGCUGCCGGUAGGAAAUCCUCCAGUACCAGAUACGGCAGAGGAAGCGGUCAACAUGUUCUACAUGGACCAAUGCGAACCACUCCCAGUGACAGCGGAGCAGAUCAAGGAGGCAAGAGCCAGCGACCCGCUAUUGCGUGAGGUCCAUCGCUAUGUGCUCCAAGGUUGGCCCAAGUCGUGCCCAAGAGCAGAGCUACAGCAGUACUUCCAACGCCGCAACGAGCUUAGCGUUAGCAACGAGUGCUUGCUAUGGGGCAAUCGCGUCAUCAUUCCGCCGGACCACCGGAAAGCUGUCCUGACAGAGCUUCAUGAAGGCCAUCCAGGAAUGGUACGAAUGAAGGCAUUGGCGAGAAGCAUCCUCUGGUGGCCGGGCUUGGACGGCGACAUAGCAGACGCAGUCAAAGCAUGCCUCGGAUGCCAAAGUGUCCAGAGCGAACCUGCUGCAGCACCAGUGCACCGAUGGAGCAUGCCAGACCGCGCGUGGCAGCGCGUCCACGUAGAUUACCUUGGUCCAUUGCGGCAAACGAUGUGGCUCGUCAUUGUCGAUGCCUAUUCAAAAUGGCCCGAAGUCAUUCCGAUGCCUUCCACAACGUCUUUUUACGGUAUAAUUAUGAUGAAGAAAGGAAAAUGA